ACGACCAGUUAAAAACAAACAAAUGAGAUAUCGCGUUCUAGGGCAACCCCUCAGCAGGGCGGGUGCAAUAAGUAGACCAUAGUCGUUCCGUAUCGUUCGACCCAGCGGAGUCGUUCAUCUUAUUACAUUCACAACGUUUUUGAUGGAAAAUUUCCUGCAAUGUCGCACCAUGAAACGGAAGUUUUGAUGACUGGCCACAGUAAGCAGUUCUGCUUAUUUGACUUCCUUUAUACAACGCAAUGGAUUCCGUAAAUUAUGUUGCCAAAUUGUUGGAGUUUGCUCAGAAAACACGUCAGAUCUCAGAAAUCAAGUUUGAGGAGGUUGGUACAGAUGGACCAGAUCAUCUUAAAACGUUUACCUUGAGAGUAGUAAAGAAUGGGCGUGCCUAUCCUAUCGGGACUGGAAGAACUAAGAAAGAGGCCAAACAAAAUGCUGCUAAACAUGCUUUGAAUGACAUAAUGAAGACUGAGCAGAAUGAGAAUACAUUUUCGUCAUCUGAAUGUCCCUAUUUAACGUCCCCCCAUGGCCCAGCGCCUAUCAGUCAGGUCAACUUUGUAUGUUGGCUGAAUGAACACAGCCAGAAGAACAGGCUGUCUCUAAAGGCUUUUGAAGAGUCCCGGAUUGGACCCAACAGUACAUCACAAUGCUGUAGGUAUUUGCUUGGUGACAAAGAAUACCCAGAAGCCUUUGGAAAAACUAAGAGGGAGGCAAAGGAGGAAGCAGCCAAGCUGGUCUUUCAGGAGCUCUAUGGUGCCAGUCAAGACACAGGGACUGUAGACAAAAACUGUGAUGCUGCUACUGGGGCCCAGAAGGAGGAUUUGAAUCAAACAGUUGCAGCUCUCUGUAACAGUGAUGAAAACAUGAAUAUGAGCCAUGUGCCCAAACAACGCAGUUUCAUUUCAGCAGAGGAGACCAACUUCAUUGGGAUUCUCAACCACUACUGCCAGAAAACCAGACUCUUCCAUGACUUCCAACUAGUGGAGAGACGCGGACCAUCACACAACCCUCAAUUUGUGUAUAAAGUAGUGAUUGACAAGAGGGAGUACCCAGCUGGUGUGGGUAAAACGGCCAAGGACGCCAAACAGCAGGCGGCUCAGGAGGCGUGGUCCGCCCUUCAGGAGCAGUCAGACUGGAACAGCCAGGUGUCUUGCAGGUCGACUGUUUCAGAAGAAGAUGGUCUAGUGACCUCUCUGACCUCCUCCACUUCAUGGGAAUCCCAGAAUGCUACGUCGUCCACUGGUCAGAGUAUGACAGGUACUGAAAACACAAGUGACUCCAUCAUAUUCGCUGAAUCAUCGCACGCUAUUCUGGCCAAGCAGGAUGAAAGCCCUGGGAAUGUGAAACCUAAAAUAAAAUUAGCAGCUAACUUCCUGGGGUCAUCUGUCAAGACCAAAAAGGAAGAUCCUGUUUUGAAAGACAAAAAUUUGGGGAUGUCAAGUGGAAGCAUGUCCAAUCAACCUGUUUUAUCAAGGUUUUUGUCCGAGUUUGAUUCAAUCGAGGGAAUUGGCAAAGGAGGCUUUGGUAAAGUUUACAAGGCCAAACGGAAAUUAGAGCAGAAGUAUUUUGCUGUGAAGAUAGUGAGGAGUAAAUUGAAAGCCAAGCGGGAGGUUGGGGCUUUGGCAGACCUCCAGCACCCCAACAUAGUGCGUUACUACACAGCCUGGGAAGAAGACACUGAGUACACAUGUGACCAUACCUCUGAGAGUUACAGCUCUUCAUAUUCAGGCAGCAGUUCAUCCUCCAAGUUCCUGUACAUUCAGAUGGAACUGUGUGACAGAAGGACUCUGAAGGUAUGGAUCGAUGAGAGGAACGCCCAACGGACUCCCAAACGCAGAGAGGGCAGCCUCCACAUCACCCAGCAGAUUGUUAAUGGAGUUGAUUACAUCCACUCAAAGAAACUCAUCCACCGAGACCUGAAGCCUGUUAACAUCAUGUUUGGAAUGGGUGGUGGAGAGACGAACGGAGAGGUAAAGAUCGGGGACUUCGGGCUUGUGACUGCAGAAGAUAACGAUGAUGAUGAGAACCUGCUGGAGAGAACGAAGCGCACCGGAACCAGGUCCUACAUGGCCCCCGAACAGAGGAACAAGACCUCGUAUGACAGAAAGGUAGACAUCUUCGCUCUGGGUCUGAUCUACUUUGAACUUCUCUGGAAUCUAUCUGGCAUGGAGAGGGCAGAGGUCUGGGAUGACAUCCGAAGCCAGAGGUUCCCGCAACGGUUUGUUACGCAGUUUCCCAUAGAGCACAAGAUGAUUGAGUCCAUGCUGUGUGUCAAUCCAGAAGACCGACCAGAAGCCAGCCGGCUAAAGAUGAACCUAACGGAGGCUAAUAACAUACUGACCAGAGACCUCCAUAACCAACAAGACAACAGAACAAUCUAACAGCCUUUUAUAUAGUACAUAUAAUUACACCAGGGGGUUUGGAUCCUGAUUGCUCAUUGGCAUCCAAGGGGGUGUGGUAUACAGCCAAUAUACCACAGUUAAGAGCUGUUCUUAGGUACGAGGCAUCGCGGAGUGCCUGGACAAAGAUUUUUUAUAAUACAUUUAAGAUACAAUAUCCAUAGAGAAAUAAUACAAUGGAUCAUGAAUCAUGAGUAAUACGGAUAUUUUUAUCAUUUCAAAACAACAAAAACAUCUGGCCCCAUUUAUCAGUUGAAAAUUAAAUGUUAUAUCCAGGAAUGUAUAUUUAACAAUGUAUUGUAACACUGACAUUCACAGAGGCUAUAGCCUAUAAAAUAACAGUCAGAUGUCUUGGAGAGACCAGGAUAUUGUGGUUGUAAUUCAUAAAUCAUGAGUCAUGCGGCAAAAGUAAUCAAUUCAAAACAACAAAAUGUCUGGCCAUAUUUAUGAGUUGAAAAUUAAAUGUUAUAUCCAGGAAUAUAUAUUUAACAAUGUGUUGUAACACUGACAUUCACAGAGUCUACGGCCUAUAAAAUAAAAGUCAGUUGGUCAUUGGAUUUUCCAGCAGAACAAUGAUCUCAAGCGUAACUCCAGAUCCACACAAAAUGUUUGAAUCAAGCAUUUGCAAUGGCCAUCAUGGUCUCUGAGCUGAAUCCCAAAGGACACUUGUUGGGUGAGCUGAAGAGGCGGGUCCACAAGUGACAACAAGGGACUGAAGUUUUUUGAUGGAGGAAUGAUUCUCCCGCCUCAUCAAACAUGCCUGAGGAAAGGUGCACAAACAACUAAAUGCACUGGUGCCAAUUACUGGUUCCCGCCUGUUUUAAAAAAAAAAAAAGUUAUUUACUGUUUAAAAUAAAUGUUUUCCUUCAACCAAUUUUCACUCAAUUAAAGGUUAAAUGAAAGUAAGGUCAGUCAGAUAAAUAACAAUGUUAUUUUUUUGACAGCCUUUUUUGGUUGAUUUUUAUCUAGGGAACCAACAGUUCUGCAGGGAACUACACAUACAGUAGUCCUACACAUACAGUAGACCAGCACAUACAGUAGAACUACACAUACAGUAGACCUGCACAUACAGUAGACCAGCACAUACAGUAGACCUACAUAUACAGUAGACCAGCACAUACAGUAGACCUACAUAUACAGUAGA